AUGGCCCAUUUACUCGGUGAAAAACAACUAUUUUCGGUUGAUUUUUUGCACGAGUUUUUAACUGCCAUUCAGCCUUACGAUAUUCCACUGGAUCUGCUGAGAGACGCAGUGGAAGGCCGUAUAACAGCAUCGAAACUCAUAUCUGAGUCCAUGCAUAUGGAGGUCGGGUUCCUCUCGCUUCUCGGAGUCUGCUGUAUUUUGGCGUGCGUGAUUCCUGGCACUGAGCUCUGGCUCGCCUGUCGUCCAAUCAGAGAUUAUAAACCCUCGCAGCAUCCUGGAUUUCUGGCCUUUCUAUUGUCCAUUCUCGUUUUACUACUUGGGAUUGGAAUAAGUGGAAUGAUUAUUUCGAAUGAGGCCGCAAACAUCGGAAUAUCAAAAAUACCAAUCGUCGUGGAAACAGCUAUUGAGGAUUUCAGGGACUACCAUACAGGCACAACCGGCCACAUACGCAAGUGUCUCACGAGGAGUCUUGAUGUCGCCAGCGAGGCCAUCAUGGCCGAUUUAGAUAAUGUGGAGGAAUUGCUUGGUAAACCCGUACAAGUGGAUUUGGCAACGGAAACUGGACUGGAGAUUGCUCUUGCGAUAUUUUUUCAAGUUUCGAAUACGAGCCAGGAACUUUCAAGCCGUGCAAAGACCAUUCUGAAAGAGGGCGAACGAGCUCGUGAACUAGGCGCUGGAUUGAGUCGUGAAGCGGAUGGGCUGCGACGUGAGCUUGAAUCACUGGCAGCUGGUUGUGCACCCCAAGAUCGUCCUCUCUGUGCAACAAUCAAUCCAGCUGGUCUUACGGUUUCCUUGAGGCUCGAACGGUUACUUAGAGACGAGAGGCUACUGCGUCUACGUGAAGUCAGUCAGGACAAUUUAACUGAGGCUGGACGUCAAGCACGGGGGGAGUACCUUUACGUGCCGCAUUACAUUGCACGGAGAACACUCGAGGCAAGGAAUUAUAUACGACGCGAGAUAAAUUCAGCGCGCACCAGAAUAUUCGAGGAAGCACGGAGCAUUGAAUCAACUAGUGCUGAACUGAACGGACAAUUAAAGACAGUGAGGAAAAUCGCGAAUUACGUUGUGCCGUAUAUCGAGGCGUUUGAGGAAGUCAGAUGGCUGGUCGGCAUCGGUGCUGUCAUCGGUGUUCUUCUUGUCUGGAUAUUGCUGAUGGCUGCCCUGAUAUGUCGUUGUGGAUCAACUGAGGGUAAAAUACGUCCUACGCUGUUGUGUGCUGCUGUAGUCAGCUGUCUUGCAUCCAUUGGCCUUUGGGGCGUUGUGAUAGGAGCACUUGGAAUUUCCAGCCAUACGGAGAUGCUGGUAUGCCGGCCACUCGAGGAUCCCAACUAUCGAACAUUGGAAACUAUUCUGGAGUCCAAAUUGUUUUUGGGGCAACCGUUGGCCAUGCCACUCAAUGAACUUUUGCAAAAAUGCGAGCAGGAUGAAGCGGUUUAUCCCGCGUUUCCACUAGGCAAAACCUCAAACUUGGAACAACUGGCAGAUUACUGGAUGUGGCCGGGACUUUCCAAAGCCUUUUCUCUGUUGAAAGUGGAUCUCAAAGGUUUUAAGAUACUCACACCGAGCUUGGAGGGCAAGCUGGAGAGCCUUCUGUACGCUUGUAGACCUAAUCUCACCGAGCACAAGAUAAUGAUUCGAGGGCCAAUUGUCAGUCAAGACAUGAUCACGAUGUCAAAUCAAAUUUACAAUGUUGGAAAUCAAUUGUCCGAUAUGAGGAGUUCAAAGGCAUUCAUGGGCAUCAGUACGGCGAUGCAGAGUCUCAUUGUGAAAAAAGUUAGACCACUCAUAGAAAUUCAGGACAAUCUUAUCGAUCAACUCACUACUCUGGAGAUGCAGCUGCAGCCGUUUUAUCGGAAAGCUAAUCAAACUCUUGUCCAUUUGAGGGCUGUUCAGAGUUAUAUCGAUGAUCAAGGGGAUGUUAUUGCUCAAAUGAAAACCAAGAGUUACGUUGAAAGAUUGACUGGUUAUCUUGAUCAAUGGCGCACUCACGUUUUCAAUGAAAUGAGAGCAGGUGUUACCAAGUGUCGUCCACUGUGGGACAUCGCUAAUGGUAUUAAAUUACUAAUGUGUCAGCACGUACUAGGUCCACUGAAUGGAUGCUGGUUCCUCACAGUUUUAUGCAUCCUGAUCAUGAUGCUCAGUACACCUGUCGCACAUACCCUGGCCUCGGUGUAUCGACGUGACUCGAAAAAAAUUGACGCCUUCCAGUCGGGAAUAAUAACACCGCCUGAUACCCAGAGCAUCAACAGAGACACUUGGCGAACGCCGCCACCCCCACCGCCACAGGGCAAUUGGGUGACUAUAUAGGAUUCAUUCGACCCUGAGAAAGGGGCUGGUGAGGAGAUAAAUCAAUACAAGGUGAAUAAAGAAGAAUGAGGAAACUCUUCCGAAGUAAUGAAGUGUUAAUGACUGAAAAUAUCGGACUUUAUUGAGGGUUGCGCCGUGAAAUAUCAUGAGAAAAUAUCAUAAUAUGCGAAGAUUUCGAUAAAUCUGUUUUUCAUUUCGGUCGAUUUCUUUCAGUCUAAUAGAUAAUUCUGUUUUUUUUUAAUGAAGAAUUUUUGAAAUUGAUUGUUUGGACUACAAGAAGCUCAGUACGGGAGAAAUUUUUUAGCCUUACAAUUUCGCUUAUUUUAUGAACGAAAUGGUAAGACUGAAAAAUCUUGCGUCGCGCGCGACUCCAUCAAGAAAUGGGCAACUCAUCGAAGUGUUGAAACAAGUUCACAAAAAUUUAAUACAAACUUCGCAACAAUAUGCUUCACGACAUUAUUUUCUUUCAAAAUCUUCGGAAUGGAACUGUCUAUGUUGCCACGUCUUUUGUAAUUGUUUAUUUAAAAAGUAAAAAUACUUUUUUUUCAAUCAACAAUUUUUUACAUCAUUUUUACAUGUUCUCUCAACGAAAAAGUCUUUUAGCACUUUUUCCAUAAAAUGCAUAGUUACGGACUUAUCAAUUUUCAAAGUCAAGCCGCUCUGUUGGCUAAUACGAGGGUCAUCUUCUAUAUAAUUUACCCUGAUCAUUUAUGAAAGGCCACACCCGAGGAGUUCUUCAUUAUUUUUUUCGAUAUAAUACGAACACCUAAAUAUACCCAAGGAGAAUGGGAGGGGAGCGAGCGAAGCGAGCGGAGGGCGUACCCCCUCUCGGGAUUCGCGAGCGAAGUGAGCAGGGGGCGUACCCCCUCCAGGGAUUGGCGAGCGAAGCGAGCGGGGCGCACCGCCCCCUAGUGGACUGCCAAAUAUUCAACGUCGAGCCUCUCUUUGCUCGGCCUAAUUUUUCAACUGUCAUAAUUUACACAAAAAAAUUGAUUUCUAAAUUUUUUCGACAGUGAAUAAAAUCUGGGCCCCUCUUUCGAUUGAUUCUAUUUGCAUUAAAAAAUAAAAAUCCAAUUUCCCCGGGUUGAAAUAGCGUAAAAUACCUCAUGCAUCAUUUCACAAUUAUUUAUUCUACAUGAAAAAACGACUUAUAAGGUUUUAUCUUGAAUUUAUAUUUUGAUAUUUUGUUUCUGAUCUUUCAUGACGCAAUCACCGAAAUACGAAAAAUUGUUCGUCGAAAUAGUUGGGAAGGGUGUAGAAUUUGUUAGUAUUUAUACUUUAUUUCGUAAAAUUUCUCGAGAUAUUUCAACAAAAAAUGACGAAUGAUGCCUGCUUCAUAUUUCGUGGAGUUUCAUCUGUCUUGUAAAUUGGUGCAACUGACCGAAAGAUAUGGCCCCCGAGGGUGAAUUAACAGUGAAGACGAGGAGAUCUAGAAUUACAUCAUGACGGACAGAAAGGCGGCUGAGCUUGCACGUCCCAGUGUGUUGUUAGCAAUGCACUGGUACGUUCCAGUGUGUUGUCUCAUGACUGAUGAAACUUGCAUCCAGGAUGUUUUCAUCAGAUUCUCGGGGCCGUCGGUUGUGUGCACUGUUCCCCCGUGCUCUUCAUCUGGAAUGAAAUAUUUUAAGUAGAUAAAUUAUGGUUGAUGGAAAAUCAUUGACAUUUAUAAGCUUUGAUAAACGAAAUGAGAAUAAAGUCAUGACUGAA